AUGGCUUCCGAGAAGAAGGACCAGGUCGUUCUCGUCACCUCGGACGAGGAGACCUACACCGUCGAGCGCAAGGUCGCCGAGCGCUCCAACCUCAUCAAGUCGAUGAUUGAGGACCUCCCCGGCCAGUCCGACGAGCCCAUUCCCCUCCCCAACGUGUCGUCGUCGGUCCUCACCAAGGUCCUCGAGUACUGCGACCACCACAAGAACGAGCCUCUCCCCGCCGCCGACUCGAACGACGCCGACGACGCGCGCCGCAAGGCCUCGGAGAUUGGCGAGUGGGACGCAAAGUUCAUCCAGGUCGACCAGGAGAUGCUCUUUGAGAUCAUUCUCGCCGCCAACUACCUCGACAUCAAGCCCCUUCUUGACGUUGGCUGCAAGACCGUCGCCAACAUGAUCAAGGGCAAGACCCCCGAGGAGAUUCGCAAGCUCUUCAACAUUGUCAACGACUUCACCCCCGAGGAGGAGGAGCAGAUCCGCAAGGAGAACGAGUGGGCCGAGGACCGCUAG